AUGAGCAAUCCGGCGCAACUCUUCCUCCUCGCUGAUCACAUAAAACUAUCUCUUCUGGAACGGCAAAGGGCAAUAUCCCUUAGUAUUGAGCCUAACUCGCAGGAUGGCGAAAUAUCCCGUUCUCUAGAAUCUCUGCGCGAAGGAAUUGAAUCGCUUGAUUCGCGAAUUCUGCGGCUAGAGGAGAAUGAUCACCCGUAA